CCACGGCCCGCGCAAGCUUCCCCGAAGCUUGUCACCAUUAGGAAGCUUAACAUCUGGUUAUUCUCCCAAAGGACCCAUGUGUUAAUAUACAUGAGCAAGAUGGUAUAAAGGUGCCCAUGCCUGCUACACCUCUUUACCUCAAUACUCGUCUUCCCCACUUGUAUUCACAAUGUACCUCGCAACCCUCUUCAGCGCGCUCGCGCUCCUCGCCACGACCGUCGCAGCCGCAAACCCCACCGUCUACCUCAUCCGCCACGGCGAGAAGCCCGCCAGCGGCAACGGCCUCAGCACCGCAGGCCAGCAGCGCGCGCAAUGCCUUCGCUCGGUCUUCGGCGCAUCCUCAAAAUACCACAUCGGUCACAUCAUGGCUCAGACGCCCAAGUCUGACGGCAAACGCAAACGCCCCUACGACACCGUCGCGCCCCUCGCCGCCGACCUCGGUCUCUCCGUCGACACCACUUGCGACCGGGACGACGCCAAGUGCGUGGAAGAUGUGGUCAAGGGGUACACGGGCGCGGGCAACAUUCUUAUUUGCUGGGAGCACGAUGCGUUGAGUGAUAUUGUGGAUGAGCUGGGCAAGGAUGACAGCCCGCCGACCUAUCCUGAUGAUGCCUUCAAUAUCAUUUGGAUUGAUCCGUAUCCGUACGAUGAUGGAGUUACGGCGCAGGAGUCGGAGAACUGUCCGGGACUGGACAAUUGAGAGGAUGCAGGGGAGGGAGAGCCAUGUAUGGGAGACGUAUUGAAGGCUCCCCUUUAAUUUCAUACUGCGAGCAUCACACCCAAGAGUUAUAGAUAGACCAUGACAAGCAGUUCGAUCACUUGCGAUAGCAUAGAACUGGACGUGCUAGUCUGGAUUGAUGGAAUGCACCACAAAGUGUAGGCUCAACAAUGCCGCCAUCUAAUAGCACACAUCAGAGCUCAAGAUCGU